AUGGCUGAAUGGUUAAAGCGCCCAACUCAUAAUUGGAGAAUACUUAAUAAUACGGCGAAACAUUUAUACAAAACACCUAUCCCAAGCACACGCAAGGGAACCGUAGAUAGGCAAGUGAAAUCCAAUCCACGAAAUAAUUUGAUCCAUGGACGGCACCGUUGUGGUAAAGGUCGUAAUUCUAGAGGAAUCAUUACCGCAAGGCAUAGAGGGGGAGGUCAUAAGCGCCUAUACCGUAAAAUAGAUUUUCGACAGAAUCAAAAAGACAUAUCUGGUAGAAUCGUAACCAUAGAAUACGACCCUAAUCGAAAUGCAUACAUUUGUCUCAUACACUAUGGGGAUGGUGAGAAGAGAUAUAUUUUACAUCCCAGAGGGGCUAUAAUUGGAGAUACUAUUGUUUCUGGUACAAAAGUUCCUAUAUCAAUGGGAAAUGCCCUACCUUUGACCGAUAUGCCCUUAGGCACGGCCAUGCAUAACAUAGAAAUCACACGUGGAAGGGGUGGGCAAUUAGCUAGAGCAGCAGGUGCUGUAGCGAAACUCAUUGCAAAAGAGGGUAAAUCGGCCACUUUAAGAUUACCAUCUGGGGAGGUCCGUUUAGUAUCCCAAAACUGCUUAGCAACAGUCGGACAAGUGGGUAAUGUUGGGGUGAACCAAAAAAGUUUGGGUAGAGCCGGAUCUAAGUGUUGGCUCGGUAAACGCCCCGUAGUAAGAGGGGUAGUUAUGAACCCUGUGGACCACCCCCAUGGGGGCGGUGAAGGGAAAGCUCCCAUUGGUAGAAAAAAACCCACAACCCCUUGGGGUUAUCCUGCGCUUGGAAGAAGAACUAGGAAAAGGAAAAAAUAUAGCGAUAGUUUUAUUCUUCGUCGCCGUAAGUAAAUACGUAACUAGGAAUAUGGAAAAUUGCAUUUUUGGAAUUUGCAAUAAUGCGAUGGGCGAACGACGGGAAUUGAACCCGCGCAUGGUGGAUUCACAAUCCACUGCCUUGAUCCACUUGGCUACAUCCGCCCCUUAUCCAGCUAAAGGAUUUUUUUCUUUUUUCCAUUGAUCAUUAUUCUAUUUAUUCUGACCUCCGUACUUCGAUCGAGAUAUUGGACAUAGAAUGCCACUCUUUAAAAAGCAAAAAAGGAGUAAUCAGCUGUGACACGAAAAAAAACGAAUCCUUUUGUAGCUCAUCAUUUAUUGGCAAAGAUAGAAAAGGUCAAUAUGAAGGAGGAGAAAGAAACAAUAGUAACGUGGUCCCGGGCAUCUAGCAUUCUACCCACAAUGGUUGGCCAUACAAUCGCGAUUCAUAAUGGAAAGGAACAUAUACCUAUUUACAUAACAAAUCCUAUGGUAGGUCGCAAAUUGGGGGAAUUCGUGCCUACUCGGCAUUUCACGAGUUAUGAAAAUACAAGAAAGGAUACUAAAUCUCGUCGUUAACUGAAUUCUGAAUAGAAAGAUUAAGAAGAAAAAAAAGAUUCAAAAUAAAGUAAAGGUAGGCGGGGAAUAACCUUAUUUAUGACAAGUUUCAAACUAGUAAAGUAUAUCCCUAGGAUAAAGAAGAAGAAAAGUGGGCUAAGGAAACUCGCAAGGAAAGUUCCAACCGAUCGUCUACUUAAGUUCGAGAGAGUUUUCAAAGCACAAAAACGUAUCCCUAUGUCUGUUUUCAAAGCACAAAGAGUUCUUGACGAGAUUCGCUGGCGUUACUACGAGGAAACUUGUCAUAAAUAAGGUUAUUCCCCGCCUACCUUUACUUUAUUUUGAAUCUUUUUUUUCUUCUUAAUCUUUCUAUUCAGAAUUCAGUUAACGACGAGAUUUAGUAUCCUUUCUUGCAUUUUCAUAACUCGUGAAAUGCCGAGUAGGCACGAAUUCCCCCAAUUUGCGACCUACCAUAGGAUUUGUUAUGUAAAUAGGUAUAUGUUCCUUUCCAUUAUGAAUCGCGAUUGUAUGGCCAACCAUUGUGGGUAGAAUGCUAGAUGCCCGGGACCAC